AUGGAAAUAGACCGAGCAAAUUCCUCACCUUUCACUGCUGAAAUCGAGCAGGUAACUCCUUCGAAACGAUUCUCAGCGCCCUCUUUCACCUGCUUCAAAGGAGAUUCCGAUCCCGAAAGCCAUCUGAAGCAUUUCAAGAGCCUUAUGAUCCUCUACAAAGCCGAAGAUGCGCUAAUGUGCAAGGUGUUUGCAAUGACUUUGCGAGGAGCAGCUCAGGACUGGUUCCAUACCUUGCCCUCCGGGUCGAUUAGCAGCUUCAAGGAGCUUGCUUAUGUCUUCACCAAAGAGUACACUUCUUACCGGACAAUCAAGAAGAACCCUGACCACUUGUACAACCUGCGCAAGAAGCCUAACGAAUCUCUUCGAGAUUACAUCAAGAGAUUCAAAGCAGAAAAGGCUAACAUCGUAGGAUGCGAUGACCGAAUCGCGUCCUCUGCAUUCAAGAAAGGUCUUCCAGCUGAGCACGACUUAUACCGCGAGCUGAAUAUCACUCCCAGCCAGACUCUGGCAGAGGUCUUCGCGACCGCGGAACGCUACGCUCUCUGGGAUGACAAUCGAAUCGCCGCGAAGAAGUCCACCGAGCAGGAAGAUCAGCCAACCAAGCGGGCAGGCCAAAGAGGCGACAGGUUUAGCAGCAGGGACAAAGAGAAACGUAGGUCGCGCCCACAAGGAGACGCUACGACAAAGGAGAACUACACCAAGUUCUCCAUUCCUAUACAUCAAAUGUUAGCCCAAGUAAAGGACAAACCUUGG